ACUGGUAACAUUAAAAAUUUAAUUUCACGUGUUUUGUGUUUAUAUUUUUCUUAUCCUCAAAUAAAUCCAUUUAUUGUGUUCAAAUGGAAUCUUUAAGUGCUGAAGUACCACCAGAAGUAGAAAAUAAAAUUAUGGAAGUCGAGGAAAGUGUGGAAAAUGUGAUGGAACCCGAGGAAACAGCAGCUGAAAAUGGGAAGGAGGAAGUCGAAAAAGCCGGCGAGGAAUUCGCGUAUUUGGAGCGAAAUGAGUUUACAUCGGAAAUUUAUAAAAUUGAAGUGAAAAACCUUGGCUAUUUUGGUAUUGGGGAGUUCAAGAAGCUCUUGAGAAACACACUCAAAUUCGACAUGACGAAAAUCAAGGCUCCGACCCGAAAAGAGUUUGCUUUUGUUUGCUUUCGCAGUUUGGAGGACCAGCAGAGGGCAUUGGAGACCCUAAAUGGAUAUAAGUGGAAGGGAAAGGUCCUGAAAGCACAUUCUGCCAAGGCCUCCGCUGAUCCUCUCCAGAAAAAGCGAGCAGCCGAAGAUCAGGAGUCGGAAAGAAAGCCCAAAAAGCAGCGCACUGCAGUAGAGGCCACGUGUCCAUUGUCCCAUAUUCCUUACGACCAACAACUCAAACAGAAAUCAGAGGAAAUGUCUGCACUUUUAGCAAAAUAUACCCAAGAGCUCAGGCGCAUUAAUCCGCGGGCAAAGCCCCAUCUGGAUAAAUUCAAAUUCCAAGAGGUUCUUCCCUCUCCCACUGUCGAUGGUUACAGAAACAAAAACGAGUUCACCGUGGGAAAGAACUCGGCGGGAGAAUUAGUGGUGGGAUUUAGAUUGGGUUGCUAUAGCGAUGGAUCUGUAGAAGUAGCUGAGGUCCAGGAUUUGCCACAUCUACCAGUGCAAGCCAAAUGGGCUGCUCUCAGUUUCCAAGAGUUUGUAAGGAAGUCGAAGUUCCUGCCCUUCAAUCCAGAUGGAAAUGUAGGUCACUUCCGGCAGCUCAUGGUACGGUGUUCAAGCGCCACGGGCGAAUUAAUGUUGGUAGCGGGAGUAUACUCUUCGAAUUUAAGUGAAGAUGAACAAACUGAACUGAAACAGGAACUCAAAUCUUUCUACGAUGAGGCUGAUAAAGAUGCCCCCUAUAAAUGCACCUCCUUGUAUUACCAAGAUGUCAAACAUCGGGAAGCAGGACAGAUGAUAAAUCCAGUGGAGCAUAUCUCCGGCAGCACACAUAUCACAGAUACCAUACAGGGUCUUCAGUUCCGAAUUAGCCCGUUGGCCUUUUUCCAAAUAAACACAGAAGGAGCAAAUGUAUUGUAUCAAAAGGCCAUUGAUUUAGUUGCUCCUACGAAGGAUACUACCAUGUUGGAUAUCUGCUGUGGCACUGGAACUAUUACCCUCGCUUUUGCCAAGCACUGCAAAAAAGUUAUGGGUGUGGAAAUCGUCCCUGAUGCCACUAAGGAUGCCGAAUUUAAUGCCGAGGCGAAUGGAAUCAAGAACUGCAAAUUCUUUACCGGAAACGCAGAUGACUUUAUCAAGAGCAUGGUGCGCGAAGCUCUCUAUGAACAGGAGGUGGGCAAACCUGUGGACCUCAUUGCCGUGGUUGAUCCUCCUAGAGCUGGAUUGCAUCACCGCUCUAUAGCCGCCAUCCGAUCAGCGGAUGCUAUUAACCGACUGGUUUACGUAUCCUGUAAUCCACACAGUGCCAAAAGGAAUUUCAUCGAGCUGGCCAGACCGGAAUCAAAGCAAUAUAAAGGAGAACCAUUCUAUCCGAAGUCCGCGGUGGCCGUUGACAUGUUUCCCCAUACAACGCACACCGAGCUGGUCAUUCUGUUCGAGCGUGAGCCAAAGACAAAGGCGGAUGAGAAGCCAGCGCCAGAGGAAGCGGCUGCAGAGUCAAAGUCUGAGACAACCGCAGAUGCUGUAGGCGGGGAAAACACCGCAUCUUCAACGUGACGUGUUUGUUGCCGGGUCAGGCGCGAUUCGCUCAGACACCAAACACCCAGAUGCCUCAUUACCUCCUAUCUGACGCGUUGCUAGCGUCUAUCAUUGUCUCUCUUUG